AUGGAUCCCUUUGCCAAUAUGAAGAGUAUCCCAACAUAGUCAUUGAAUGGAGAAUCUGUAUAGUUUGAUCAAUAAUUAUAGCUGAAAUCUGCUCGAGAUGAAAGAACUCCAAAACUCAGGCCAGUUGUUCUUAAAAGAAAGACACCAAGGCCUAAUCAUGAAGAUGAAAGUGUUAUCUCUCGAAAUGAUAGCAACAACCAAAGCUAAUCGUUAAACAUCUAAACAUUUUCUAUGCUUUACUCAGAGAGAAAACAAUCUGUGUAAAAUCUUCCUAAUUUAUAGUAAAAUCUUUAACAUAACAAAAGUUACAAAGAUACGAGCUUAGCACUUGAUCUUUCACUUUUGAAACUGAAAGGUUCACCAUCUCAGAAAUAUCUUCAUAGUUCUGUUCUAUAAGUAUAUCCAAGUGAUUCUCCAAUUACGAGGACAUUUGCAUCCCCGCCAGAAUAUGAAGAGAUGAGAUAAGGUUAGGGAAUAAAUUAUCAAGAUUAGAAUGGAAUUAGACAUCAUAUAAUUAUUAAUCAGUCUGCCACAGAUUCAAAGCAGCAAUAAAAGUUUAGAUUAUCUAAAAUUAUUGAACAGUAUAAUAAAUAGAGAACCAACAACAACGUCAUCGAUAACAAAAUCAACAUGGCUCGAAGUAUUAAUGAAGAAGAUUCUCUGAUCGGUAAAAGUGACACUAUCUAGCACAAUUAAUAGCAAUUUCAGUUAAGUCAUACACCAAUCAGGAAGACUUUUGUAACCCGAAAGCAAUCUCUCCCGCCCCUUCCAACUUUUUAGCAAAACUUGAAGUAGCAAAGUAAGACUAUUGAAAUGCAUAGUGGGGAGAACACUCCUAAGAAUUAUAACAAUAAUAUUAAAUAGUAUCAAAUAAAAUAAAUCGAUAUUCACAAUACCAUUCAAUCCAAAACUAUUAAUAAUGACUCACCCUCAACUUCAAUCAAUAUUAAUGUUCAAUAGUAACACGACAAGAUAUUUAUUGAGGCCUAAAACGCAUACAAAGAUUAUCAUAACUAACCCCAAAAAAUAAAUGAGUCACAGACCUCUCAAAAGAAAGAAGAUGGACAGGGCUUUGAUUUCUCAUUUUCUUAAUUAAAUACUAAUAGUGCGAAUGAAUCUAUUGUCAAAGCUACCUCAAAGACUCCUAACUAACCACGCAGUAGAAAAUAGAAAUUUAUAGAUAAACAAAAAUAAUAGCAGCAAAUUCAUCAAUAAUCUCAUUAGUAAAAUCAAAUAAGCAAUGAAAAUGAAUUGGCCAAUGCUAAAAUAUAUUUUAGAAAUUAAGGAAAUAAUAAUAUUAAUAUUAACCCUGUAAUUUCAAAUGAUUUAGUCAGGACAAUUGAAUCUUAGAAUUCAGGUAUUAUCAAGCAAACAAAUGCAGAAGGUAAAAUCUAAAUCAGGAUACCUACUCAGUAAUUGAGAACCAGUAAAAACAGGAAUAAUAAUGUAUAUUUAAAGUAGUUCUUGACACCUAAUAAGAGCAAUUUAGAGGAAGUGAAUAAUAAUCAAGGUGAUUAAAACUAGUUUAGUGUUCUAAAUAUAGAAAAUUUGGAAAACAUUCAGCUUCGACUCUCAAAACAGAUAACUUAAACUGAUAGACCUUCCUCCACAUAUAAAUAAAGCUAGUCUGUAUUUAAUCAACAAAAAAGUGUGAUAACUUCUCAUUUUUAGGUCUACUAGGAUGAUGAGGAUGACAAGAAUGAGAACUUCUACAGCAAUGAAACAUUUGAAGUAGAAUCCAAUUAGAAUAACAAUAGUAGUGCAAUAAAUAGUAAUGCCAACAAGCAAAGUAGAAAUAAUGAUUUCAAUCUAUAUCAGAGAGAGAAAUCAUUCAGUAUGAAUAACAAUAAAAGAUCGGAUUAGGAUGUGUACAACUAGACAGCAGACUUUAACAAUUUAAAUAGAAGCAUAAUGGCAAUGGAUACUCCAAUCAGCUAAGCUUCUUAGCAUUAAUUGACAAUUCCUUCUGUAUCAUAGUUUAGUGAUAAUGGAUCUACUUCCUAAUAAAUAAUCUAGAGUUAUAAUGACAGCAAGAAAAUUGAUUCAACUUCUACUUAGUGCUCUAGUCCUGUCUCUCAAAAUAAGAAAAAAAGGAUAUUAAAGAAUCAAAACCUUCAUUCUUAGACCAUCUCUAAAAGCAUGAUUAAUACUAAGCCAGGCAGAGCAGUAACAGCAAGACUGAAAGAUGGCAAUAAUGCAGCUAUAUAUCAACAAUUGAACUUUUAAAUUCAAUCCUAAUUAAAGUAAAAUAGCAAUUUGGAAGGUAGGAAUGCCUUUUAAAUGCCUAACCUAUCGUAGAGAACAAUGAGUGAUCAAACUUCAUGUUAAUCAUCAAACAUGGAUGCAGCAAAUUAAAUUAAGAAAGCUCUUUCCAAAAUCUCACAAGAGAGUAUAUUCAGGAUGAAUAUAGUCCAGUAAAUGAGCAGUCAAGCGAGCACAGGCAAUGUAACUAUGAUGCAGGAAGGGUUUCCCUCUUCUUAGAGAUAUGGUUAGAAUUAAUGA